UUGUGGGUGUACCCCGCCUCUCGCCCAGAGUCAGCUGGGAUAGGCUCCAGCCCGGCCGCCAGCGACCCACGUGAGGAGAAGCAGUUGAGAAAAUGGAUGGAUUUCUUGCCCCCACGUCUGCUUGGAUGAUGAUGAGUUCGCCGUCAGACAAGAUGAAAAAAAAAUGGUCCAAGGACAGUCUCACUCUGUUGCCAUGUUUCUACUUUGUCGAGCUUCCCAUCGUGGCGUCGUCCAUGGUGUCGCUGUACUUCCUGGAGUUGACGGACGUGGUGAGGCCUCCGCGAGUGGGCUUUCGCUGUCACGACCGCGAUCUCAGCAAACCCUACGUGGACGGAGGGGACGAAAUGAUUCCGCUGCUCAUGCUGCUCAGCCUCGCGUUCGCCGGCCCGGCCGCCUCGAUCAUGUCGGUGGAAGCUUUCCUUUACUUCCUGCAGUCCCGAACCAAAGGACGGCGAGCGGAAGGCAGCAUCAACGCGGGAGGCUGCAACUUCAACUCCUUCUUGAGGAGGACCGUCCGCUUUGUGGGCGUGCACGUGUUCGGUCUCUGUGCGACGGCGCUGGUCACUGACGUCAUCCAGCUGUCGACGGGUUACCACGCGCCGUUCUUCCUCACCGUGUGUAAGCCCGACUACAGCCACGUCUCCUGCGACACCGACGCCUACGUCACCAAAGACAUCUGCUCCGGACACGACCGGCACGCGAUCGCGGCCGCCAGGAAAACCUUCCCGUCGCAGCAUGCGACUCUGUCUGCUUUUGCCGCGGUCUACGUUUCCAUGUAUUUCAAUUCCACCAUCUCAGACAGCACCAAGCUGCUGAAGCCCGUCUUGGUGUUCUUGUUCGCCAUAGCCGCCGCGCUGACCGGCCUGACUCAGAUCACGCAGCAUCGCAGCCACCCCGUCGACAUUUACGUGGGCUUCCUGAUCGGAGCCUUCAUCGCCACCUACCUGGCUUUUCACGCAGUGGCCAACUUCAAGUCUUCUGACAUCACUCUAGCCCCGCCUCUUCCGCCCACCCUGGACGACCCUUUGCGAGCACUGACCGAGCGAGGGCACGAGUCGGUCUAUAACAAAGGCCCCGCCUCUGCCUCUGAGAGCAAUGAUGAGAUAGUGGCGACCCCGGGACCCCUGGAGCGCUUGGACGGCAUGGGGCCCCUUCAGAGGGAGGUCGCGUCCAUGGGGAGCCUGAAGAGGGCCAGCGUAGAUGUUGAGCUGAUGGUGCCGCGGAGUCCCAUGGCCAAGGAGACGAUGCUGACCUUCAGCAAUACUUUGCCACGGACCAGCAUCAAUGUCAGUGACGGAACGCCGGGUCCGGUCCAGCCUGUCCAGCGGCGUCUGAAGACGGCCCACGUCCCGACGGACUCAUCGCACCGUCUGUUGUCAGAAUGGAAGCAGAAGUCUGUGGAAAUGCGGGCCCAGAGCGCAGUGGGCGAGAACAGCGACGACAGCUCAGAGGCGGCUAGGGACGACCGAAGCUCACCUGCCCUCGUCUGCCAAGUGUGGUCUGGCAAGCCCGCUUCCAAUCGUAACCCGACUCCUCCUCCGGGAGGUGCCAAAGCCGUGGUGACGCCUAGACCGCCUCAGAUCCCUGAAGCGGGACCACCUCCUGUUUCACCGAAGAGCACCUUGGCCCGUGCCAAGUGGUUGGCCAUUCGAGAGAAGACCAGCGCGGAAGUGUCGGGUCGUGUCGCGGCCAACCAGCCGCGACUGGUUCAGGUGGUCGCCGUGUCCAAGCAGCAAGGCCUCCUGGCGUCCCUGUCCUCGGGUGAAAAAUCGUCAGAAAGCGCCUCCACCUGUUCCGGAAGCUCCUCUCUGCGCUACCGGCCGGGCAGCGAGAAGCAGCGUGACGCGAUCCUCACCGUGGACGCCCACGCCUCUCACCAUCCUCUGGCCCAAACCCCCCUGAGUCCCUGGGAGUUGGCCGGGGCCGACCCCCGUGACGCGUAUGACUUGAACAGCCACCAGCGAGGAGAUUCUGCCGCCUGCGGCAGCAGUUUCCGGCCACGGCGUUCCGCCGGUGGCGCUUCUGAACCGGCGCACCCGAUGCACCCGCCGCCUCAGAUGCAAUUCGAGGUGCUGACGGACACGCAGCGCAAGGAAAUGGCAACGAGACGCAAGACGGCCCUGGUUCUUCUGGAGCGAGAUGCUCACCUGACUAGUGAGGAGAAUCACUUCAACAGUUUCCAAGGUCGCAGAAUGAAGGAUUAGUCCAGUGACUUAUUUUGAAAAAGCCUCCAAUUUGGAGACAGGCGCGCCUGUAAUUGUAAUGCAGUCGCAACAAUUCAUCAGUUGAUUCUUAUUCGUCACUUUGUUGAGCAGUGGGUGGGGCUGGUGAAGACGCUGAUUCAUGGUGCUAACCAUAGACAUCCAUGCGUAGACGCAAUAUUGAGUGCUGAAUCACGGCGACAUCGCCGCCAUAUUGGAUGUGGAAAAGUGGAGCGAUCGCAGAUAAGAUGAGAACAGUCGUCGUUCAUGUCGCAACCGUUUUACACUCAAAGCCAGAUCUCAUGUUACUAAGACUGAACCAUGACUUUUAACGACAAUGAUGAUUUAUAAUACAUCAAAUUGAUUUAGUGCUUUUCUAAACACUCAAAUAUGCUUUACAUACAAAGUAGAUGACAAUAACAGGAAGGGGGCGGCUGACCGUGUAUUUUGCUGUCAUUUUGAUAACACAAUCAGCUGAUUUUGCAGCUCAUGCUCUGGACGGACAAUGAAGACAAAGUUUCUCUCGUCGUUGUCAACAUUACUAGUUAUCUCGAUUAUCAAUCACUGAAUAUAAAAACAAUCUAUCAAAAUCUGGUAAAUAUAAACAUUUGUUCUUUAUUCAGAAACAUCUACAAUUCAGGAUCUAGUUACUUAUAUUUCACUGUAUCAUUACAGUAACUACAGUGUUACAUAAAUGAGUAGAGUACUUAUUGGUGGUUAACUAUACCCUAAACAUUUCUAAUCAUCAGAUUAAAAGAGUAUGAAUGAGAGGCACUUUUUCAGUUGUUGCUUUCUGAAGUUCAGUCCAUGGACGUGCAUGAGUGAACGGGCCCAUCUGCCACAUCCACUACGGCGGUGGCGCCGACAUAUCGCGCAACUGCCCCGCCCACCUCAUGAGGCGUCUAUGUAUACGUGUCUAUGCUCAGUUGCUAUGGUGAUGCUAAGCAUGAGUGUGUGUGCGCUGUUGUCCGAUUGGUGGAGGUAAAUCAUUGUUUGUGUGACAAAUUUGUUGCCAUAAUGAGACAAAAGAAAACAAAAUGAAUGUCAGGAAGGGGCGGAGCUACAGUGGGCGAGGAGGCAAAUACAGGAAGUAGCGCAUCAAAAAGAAUUCCGAACUUUAGCCAGUUAGCGUCACUCAGUGGCUAACCAAUGAUGUUGCCUCAGCUACGAACCAUUUGGAGCCCUUCGCCAAAUCAAAGAUUAGCAAUAGCUGCAUGAUGACGCGAGAACACAACAAACUUCCAUCCGUUGUAUUUUCCACAGCGCCUCUUUUAGCUCACAAGGUCAGCUGGAGCCUAUGCCGGCUGACUUCGUGCGAGAAGCUGGGUACACCCCGGACUGGUCGCCAGUCACUAUCAGGGUGCGUAUAGACAAACAAUGAACGGGUCGAUACGCUGCAAAAAAAGCUAAAUCUUACCUAGUGAAUUUAUCUUAUUCCUACUGAAGACAUCUGACUGUGACUGGUUAGCACAUGUGCCCUACAGUUCUGAGGUUGUGGGUUCAAAUCCCGGCCCCGCCUCUGUGGAGUUUGCAUGUUCUCCCCGUGCCUGCGUGGCUUUUCUCCGGGCACUCCGGUUUCCUCCCACAUUCCAAAAACAUGCAGGGUAGGUUGAUUGAAGACUCUAAAUUGCUCGUAGGUGCGAAUGUGAGUGCGAAUGGUUGUUUGUUUCUGUGUGCCCUGCGAUUGGCUGGUGACCAGUUCAGGGUGUACCCCGCCUCUCGCCCGAAGAUAGCUGGGAUAGGUGCCAGCACGUGGAGAAGCGGUACAGAAAAUGCAUCGAUGGAUGGACAUCUGACUGUACCUAUUUUAAAUCUUCAAAACAAAAAGACUUGUUUUAAGAUACAAGAUGUUGUUUUAAGAAUGUUGCCAAAACAAUUCAUACUUGUUCCUUUGGCAGAUUUUGUCUCUUAUUUUGGGGACAAACUGUCUUGUUUUCAAGGUUUUUACUUGUUUGGAGGAGGUCAUUUUUUUUCCGGUGUAGGGGUUGCACAACUUUUUUUUUUUAAUCCACACUAAUCGCUGAUGACAUGACUGAUACCUUUUCUGUACAGUACUAUUAUUUGCCAAAAUCAAAGGAGGAGGGAAUGCUUUGAAAUAAUCAAUAUUCCUCCACAAUGGACAGCUCAUCGGUUCAAUUUACGCAGAACUAACACAUCAGAACCAAGAGCGUGGACGGGCAGAAAAAAAUCCUCUCGCUCUGCCCAACGGAGAAACCCAAAUCUCGUUCUGGACCCACCACGGUAGUGCCUUCUGCGUGGUGGAAAUUUGCAGCAAAUCGUCACCGAGACCCUCCAAGCGUGCCGGAACGAUUGCCCGCUCUCCUUCCACUUUGAUAGCGUGAGCCGAAAAAAUGGUUCCAAGUCCUCCUGGAAUCGAGCUGUCUUUCUCCCUCGCUUAGCUACGCAGCCAAUUGGAAUAAGUUGAGGAGACGGACGCCUUUCGUUCAGCACACUCGUCUCUUGCUGCCAGCCUCUCAAGGCAAACGCACGAUUAGAGACGAGUUGACGUCUUGCUCUCAAUGUCUUUGCAGAGUGCGACAACCCCUCCCUCCUGGUCAGGGCCCAAGAAGUCACACCUGUGGACAAUUUAUUCUUCGAUGAACCCAACAUGGCAGUUUUUGGAAUGCGUGAGGAAAAAGCCACUUGAGUUGGUGAAGAAUAUGCUCAAAACACGCUAACUAGACACCGGAAGGCCUAAGCGCAGAACAGAAACCUCAAGCGCUGAGCUGGGAGGCAGAUGUGCUACUAACAAACUUUCAAUGUCAAAAACUUUGAAUGUAAACAAAGGCUGCAUGACAAAUAAAAUGUCUUUACAGUUGAA